AUGGCUUCUACGCACAUGCUCCGUCAAACCAUUAUUGUCAAUGAGGGCGACUCUCCAUUGGCAUACAAGUCCAAAGAAAUCACUAAUCCAGUGAUGCAGUAUGUCAGCUUUAUCAACAACAACUUUGAGCGCAAGCGAAAGGUUGAAGUUUGGAAUGGUGCAAGUGUAAAGAAUGUUGAACCACUCCUCAUCUCCAUUCAAUCCUUUCGCAACCUUGUUGGAGAGUGGGGAAUCAAUCAGGGUCGUCAAAAGAAGGCCUUGUUCAAACAAUUCCUCACUGCUGAACCGCAAAUGACCUACCAGAGAAUUUGUGACACCCAUGGGAAUUCAGUUCAGGACUUUGAAAACUCUGUCAAUGAGUUCAUUUGCGAGUAA